CCUUCCAAGAAAGGCAGGUCCCUUUCUGUUUUCCCUGUGGAAGCAGUUUCUUGGAACCUGAGGAGUGCAUGUGCUGGCAGAUUGAUUAUUGAAGCAGGCCAAAUUCCUUUGGUAACAGCAGCGUGUUGGUACUGAUUUCCAAGAGUGUGCAUCACCACCUUUUCACAAGGGCUCCAGUAGUUCCCUUGUGAUGUUUCCUUUUGGUGGCUGCCCAGAAUGAAAUAUGCAAACAGGGCAGCAUAAGCUCACUUCAAAGAAUUAGAGCUCCCAGAGUGUAAUCUUGGCUGACGAGGAGCUUACACUAGAUCAAGCUUUCAGUAAUGGUUGCAAACUAGCAAGCUGUGUUGGAACUCUUGCAGCUGGGAUUCAGCUGGCAGGUAGAGGGGCAGACACUGAGAUGUGAGGGGAAAUGGGCUCUCCUGUGGCUGAGGAUGAGAUAAUCAGGACAUGGAUAAUCAGGAUGCUGGUUCUGAUCAUGUCUCCCGUGGCUGUUCUGUAGAGCUGUAAGCUAGGCCUUGAGCUCUGUCACUGCAGUCUGUCCCAGUGCCCUGCUAAGGAGGGACAUACUUCAUCCAUAGCACAGCUGGUCUAAACAGGUUUGGUUCCUGUUGGCUUUGGGUCUGAUCCAUUUUUCCUUUUCUGCUUUGAAGGUGAUCCAUCCUUCUAUCCAUGUGUGACUUCUUCCUGUGUGACUACACCCCCUUGAAACACGUAUUUAUCCGCUUCACUCAGAGCAUGAGCUAGGAUUUUUGGAAGUUGUUUAAUUCCCUUUCCAGAACCAGCCUGUUUUCUUUUCCUUCCACGCUGUCUGGAAUUUCUAUUUAGAGCUGCAGACAAAUACAAACUGGGAGCAGUGAGACCCCACAUGAGUGUGCUGCCAAGCAGGGGGAUCUCUACAGACCAGAGAAAAGGGUCACCAAAAAUCUUACAAAGAACCCGAGGAAGUUAGCAAAGGGAAAUACCAAGUGCUACCCCUGGAAAGGGAAAAGCCCCAUGUCUCAGUACAGGUUAGGGACUGAACAGCUGGAAAAGAGCUUGGCAGAAAAGAUAUUGAUGGUUUGUGAGCCAGCAAGGAGGAGCAGAGGAGGCCAGGAGCCUCCUGGAUUGCAUCAGGAGCUGUGCUGGGCUGAGGGAAGUGAUCCUUCCUUCCUUCCUUGCCAUGUACUCAGCACUGCUGAGACACUUCUGUGUUCUGAGCUGAGUUCUGAGCUCCCCCAUGCAAGAGAAAGUUAUUUUAGUGAGCACUGACUCUCGGUUUUGAGGCAGAGGGAAGAAAACAGAGAAGUCCUUUGUUAAAGUAGCUGGAAAUAAAGGUUGUUGUGGGUACUUUCCCUCACAAACAAGGAGAGAUGGGAGCCGAGACCCCUCUUGAUCUGGAGCUCUCAGUGUUCUGUGAAGAAGAUGAAAUGCAUUGUUCUGUCUCAGCACUGUGAGUUUGGAAAGCUGUGAUGAUGUGACCUGUUGUGCCUUUUCUCAGAGACUCUGGUGAUGAACAGAUGCUCUCGGUGUUGGAGUGUAUCUGGACAGAUCUACACAGGAACUGCACAUGGAGUUUUUCUUCUGUUUAUUGGAGACUUUUUCCCCCUCCAUGUCAAAAUUGUUUAUCUUGUAGCUUUUGUCCUUUGGGAGUGCACAGUACUUGCAAAUGGUGUUAGGGAGCCAUUAAAACCACACAGUAUCAAUAUAUUGGACAGAUAGGAAGUAUUCUGACUUAAAUAUUCCUUAAGUACUGAGGGCGAAGGAAACCACCCUGCUUUACUUCAGGGAUCUUCCUGUGACUGCUGAGGAGUUCUUCCUAAUAAAUGUUCUGAUGUAGGAGCUGCCUGUUGCUUGCAGCAUUGAGCCCGUGGAUGCUGGUCUGCAUCUUGAAAUUAUCCUGGGGACACUGGGAGUCCUCGUGCUGCUGAGCUGGAACCUCCCCAUCACCCAGCACGAGCAUCUGGGGAGCCUCCAGCAGCAAACCGGGGAAGGUGGAGAACCUCUCCUUGUGUUCUGUACCAGCUGCUGCUGUGACACUCAACUCCAGCCACAGAACACUGCUGCGAAGGGAAGUAGAUGAUUUCCUUUUCAGAGCUGUUUUUGGCUCUGUCAUUAUCCAGAGGGACAGCCAGUAUCUCUUCAAUGACUUCUUCAGGAAACCACACCACGGUUUUCCUCCGUCGUUGUGAAAUCGCGCUUUUGAGCCACGAGACGCUCGUGAUUCAUAAAGUUACAAACUGCAUUUCUUGCAGAAUCAAUCUGUGUGUGCAUUGGCCAGGGCUGCCUGGGGGAGCCAGAGCUGCUGGGGCUUGUGGAAAGAGGUCCUGACUCUGGGUGGGUGCUUGGCUGGUGGAGCUGACCUACUUUAGCCGUGACCUUGAUUUCUCAGAGGUGUUUGUGUGCUCGUGAUCAGCUUUGCUGCAUGAUUAAGCUGGUCACGUGCCAUCUCACUUCUUCUGCUAAGAUUGCUUUUUGCUGUCUCAUUAGCCUUGAUCCAGGGGAUCACAGAAAGGUGGAAUGCAGGGAAUGGGGAUGCCAAGGAAUUAUCCCAAACAGGCUGUAGAGACAAACUCUCUUGGGUACAGUCACAAAAUAUCAUUUGAUUCUCAUUCUCCUCUGCAGGAGAAUUCAAUCAGAAAGUAGAUUCCAUGGCAUUUUUUUCAAGUAGGUCCUUAGAGCACUUUGGCAACAGGUUUGGCAUCAUAAAUGGAAGGUUUGAACUUUGCUUAUAUACAUGGGUAACUUUUGUGUUCCUUCUCAGAGAGAAUUUUUUUUAGGUAUUGAACAUCCAGCAGAUGGAGGCUGAAAAGACAGAAAAAUAUUCAAUUACCUAGAAUUUUAAGAAAGCCUUGUGAAAAAAACCCACAUUUCUCUGAACUGUGUUAUUUAGUAGGACAUGCUGAUUUUUGCUCUGAUCAUUGAGUUGACAUCUUAACUUUAGAACUCAUUUCAAGAGACAUUCAUGGUUCUUAACUCCUGUAAUGCUAAAAUGUAGGACUGUGAUUGUUAGGACUGGAUGAACAUUUGGGACAUGGUAGAGAAAGGGCUGACUGGAAAAUAAAUUGAGAUUUCUCCUCUUUGUGUACUUUCUUCUGCUUAAAUGGUCAAGACACUUAAAAUAACUGCUUUGAAACUAUCAAAUAUAGGCAGGUAUAAAAUAGCACAGCUGAAUGGAUACUUGAUUUCAAGAUUUUUUUCUAUAAAACUGAUAUGAAACUUUUGAGAGGAACAACAAUUUGUUUUUUUCAUUAGUGCACAGUGACUUGUGCAGUGUUCUGGUUCUGAAGCUGAAAUGCUGACUCUUGCAGGCAUUCUUAAAGAGAGAGAACUGUGAUAAAAUUAGAAACCCUUUUUCCUCUACUUCCUUUUUAAUUUGUUCAUUCCAUCUCAUCCCAGCCUCAUGUCUGAGGUCAUCAUAUCAUUCACACAUCUGUAUGUGAACCCUCACAUACAGAGGUGUUCAGGAGCACACUGAGUUUAGCUAAAGCUAAUUUCUGCACAUCAGCUGAGGCUGAAGAUCAUGGGUCUGAGCAAUGACUGGUUUUACUGGCAAAUGGAGCUGCAGCAAGCUGAUCCAGCACAGUAACACCAUUGAUCUGUAGCAGUUGGGCUGCUGGGGGUGAGAGAGAUGAAGCAGAGGCUGGGAAAAGGCUGGCACAGGGAGAGGCAGUAGGGCCUGGCCUACAAAUAGCUACAGCUGUGAGUGAAAGCAAAUGUGGUUGUGGAUUUGAUGGCAUUUCGUAAUUUGGCUUAAAUUGGUGCAGAUUUAGCUUUGGUCAGUUCUGGUGCCAGCUGGCCUCUUAAUGUGCCUCUAGCAGUACAUCCACACAGUGUCAGAAAUGGAGAAGGGGCUGGGUUAUUUGGGAGAGGGCAGCAGAGGAGUUGUUUGGUGAGAUGGACAAUGAGCCCCAGCAGCAGUUUGUGUGCUGUGGAACAGCAGUGAUCCUCUCUCCAUUGUGGGUACCAAGACAAUGGCUUACCUGACCUUACAGGAGCAGAAAUUACCUUCUGCCAGGAGCAGAAAUUGAGAUAAUUGAAGCUUGUGAAAUUCUGAAUUCUGCUAUUCUGGCAGAGCUGAAGAAAAUGGUAACAAGCAACUUUGGAUUUGUUUUUUUGGCUAUUAACUCAUGUCUGCAUACAUGCUUCAGCAGAAUUGGUUGUGGUCAUGUUGACAGGAUUGUAAACUUCUGAGAGUGUCCUGGGAGCUUGUUCUGUGUACUUGGGAAGUUGUGCUGUCACAGGUUGGGAAAGGCAGUCAGGAUGCUCCCAGGUGCUCAGCCAGAAAUCUGUGUCCAAUGGACUUUGGAAGUUUUCUUUCAAGAGGAAAAUGUGGAACAGUUUCUAAGUCUUCCAUAGUAAGUUUUGCUGAAAAACUUGUUCUGUGACAGAAGUGUGGAAGGGAGGGGCACCCACAUGUGUGUAGUGUAGCUGGGAGACAAUUGGAGGCUUGAGUUGUAGUGUGGGAUGUGGAUUUUAUAUAAAUCCUGAAGCCUGCAGAAUAAAACAAUAUAUCACCCCUGGCUUUUGAAUGCUGUUACAUUGGCAAACAAAACAGUGAGCCAAGCCCAAACUUAGGACCACCCUUAGAGUCAGGCAGUCAGGAGUGAAGGGUGAGCCUGUCCUUUGCACUGUGGCAGCAAUUUAACCCUUUCUGGCAGCAUCUGACAGCAACUGUGCUCACGGUUGGCAUCGUGGGACCAUUGUGAGCAGAGGGGGUUUGUGCAAAGUCCAGAGGAUGGGUCUGAAAGGAGGUGGUGCCAGAGCUCCCUUCUGCCAGAGCUUGGUCCACUGGAGAUGCACAUCCCAGCAGAUAACCCUUUGGCUGGAUGGAUAAAGCUUCUGCACUUUGUUUUUGGAAGUAUUUGACCAACAGAACAUGAGGCAUGGAAGAGUUCUAAGGUUAUCAGCUGCUUUGGGCUGAGCAUCAUCAUCUUUGCCCAAGUGGAUUUAGGCUUCCAAGACAGGCCUUCAGACAGUCCAAUGGCAGACCAAAGGAUGGACAUAUCUUCUACAAUUAGUGACUUUAUGUCACCAGACCCUGCUGACUUGAUCUCCAGUUCCCUUAGCACUUCAGGAAUGGACUGUAAUAGGAAAAGAAAGGGAAGCUCAACUGAUUAUCAACUCGAUGGCUUUCCUUUUGAGGAAGGUAUGGAUACAGAUAAAGAUGACCAACAUGGAAGAUUGGAGUACGCAGACCAACAAGGCAGGAUAAAAAAUGCAAGGGAGGCUCACAGUCAGAUCGAGAAGAGGCGCAGGGAUAAGAUGAACAGUUUCAUAGACGAGCUGGCCUCACUGGUGCCCACGUGCAACGCCAUGUCCCGCAAGCUGGACAAGCUCACCGUGCUCAGGAUGGCUGUGCAGCACAUGAAAACGCUUCGUGGUGCUACAAACCCAUAUACAGAAGCAAACUACAAGCCUGCUUUUCUAUCAGAUGAUGAAUUAAAACAUCUCAUUCUCAGGGCAGCAGAUGGAUUUCUUUUUGUUGUGGGCUGUGACAGAGGAAAGAUACUGUUUGUUUCAGAAUCUGUCUUCAAGAUCCUCAACUACAGUCAGAAUGAUUUGAUUGGUCAAAGUUUAUUUGAUUAUCUCCAUCCUAAAGACAUUGCCAAAGUGAAGGAGCAGCUCUCUUCUUCUGACACCGCGCCACGAGAAAGACUCAUAGACGCAAAAACCGGACUCCCGGUCAAGACGGACAUCACGCCCGGGCCCUCGCGGCUCUGCUCCGGAGCGCGCCGCUCCUUCUUCUGCAGGAUGAAGUGCAACAGGCCCUCUGUCAAAGUAGAAGACAAGGAUUUCCCUUCAACCUGCUCAAAGAAGAAAGACCGCAAGAGCUUUUGCACGAUCCACAGCACGGGCUACUUGAAAAGCUGGCCUCCCACCAAGAUGGGGCUGGACGAGGAUAACGAGCCAGAUAACGAGGGCUGCAAUUUAAGCUGCCUGGUGGCCAUCGGGAGGCUCCAUCCCCACGUGGUGCCGCAGCCGGCCAACGGCGAGAUCCGCGUCAAGCCCACGGAGUACGUGUCCCGCCACGCCAUCGACGGCAAGUUCGUCUUCGUGGAUCAGAGGGCAACAGCCAUCCUGGCAUACUUACCCCAGGAACUGCUAGGUACUUCGUGUUACGAGUAUUUUCAUCAAGAUGAUAUAGCACAUCUUGCAGAAUGUCACAGACAAGUUUUGCAGACAAGAGAAAAAAUCACAACUAACUGCUACAAGUUUAAAAUAAAAGAUGGCUCUUUCAUUACGUUGAGGAGUCGCUGGUUCAGUUUCAUGAACCCUUGGACCAAAGAAGUAGAAUACAUUGUCUCCACAAACACGGUGGUUUCCACGGCGGUCCUGGACAGCGGGGACGCGGCCUUUCCCCAGCUGGCAGCGUCCCCCCACAGCAUGGACAGCGUGCUCCAGCCUGGAGAAGGUGGCCCCAAAAGGACCCAUCCCACUGUGCCUGGAAUUCCAGGUGGAACAAGAGCUGGGGCAGGUAAAAUAGGCAGAAUGAUUGCUGAAGAAAUCAUGGAGAUUCACAGGAUAAGAGGCUCAUCACCUUCCAGCUGUGGCUCGAGUCCCCUGAACAUCACCAGCACCCCCCCACCCGACACAUCCUCGCCAGGAGGGAAGAAGAUCUUGAAUGGUGGCACUCCAGACAUCUCUUCAGCUGGGCUGCUGUCCGGGCAAAUCCAGGAUAAUUCUGGGUACCCGUAUUCCGACAACUCCUCUAUCCUGGGGGACAACUCCCACAUCGGCAUCGACAUGAUCGACACGGAGCAGGGCUCCAGCAGCCCCAGCAACGACGAGGCGGCCAUGGCCGUCAUCAUGAGCCUGCUGGAGGCCGACGCGGGGCUCGGCGGCCCCGUGGACUUCAGCGACCUGCCCUGGCCCUUGUAAAUGACCCAGCACCCCAACAGCCAAGUGCAUUAAUGGUGGAGCUCUGCAGUCUGUGAAACUCGCGGGACUGAGAGGCUUUUAUGUGGGAACUUCAUAAAAGCUGUGUCAGAAUGCGACUCAUCCUACCAUGUGUAACUUCAGACAAAGUGGAAUAACCUGCUACAGUGUUCUGUGUUGAUUUGGUUAGCUGUGUAUAGCUUGCAAUACUUGUAUAUUUUGGAUUCUGUUGUUUGAAAUUUUUUUUAAAUCACUGUGCAACUCACUGGCAUCAGUGGUAGCUUUUAUAUGCAAAUGACCAUUUCAGAUGUAUGGUGUGUUUUUACACUGCAAAACAGUCCCCAUGUGGAUAUUUCUUAUACUAAUUGUACCAUAAAGCUGUUUAUUCUUUCUUGUAAGAAUCCUUUACUAUAAAUAUUGUUAAAGUGUAAUGUAUUAGACAGUUAAAUAUUUUUAAAAUAAAUGUUUCCCUUGUUCUAAGAUGGAGCAUUUACUUUGAUAAAUAAAUUUGAUAAAACCCUGCUGAAGGUGCAUGCUAGAA